AUGCCUGAGUUAAAUGAGAACAGGUCACUGUCUCCAGACUCUCCCAUCCCGCAGUUUACAGUGUCUUUGGGGGAGUACACCACUACACAUAGGUCAUCAUCACCUGAAUCAAUGGGUUCAGAUUCAGAGUCUCAGGUCACCAAGGGAGAGUCUGAAAAGGCUGAAGACUUCAAGUUUUCCCCAGGCUUUCACAGAGUCCUCUCAGAAUUCGAGAAAACUGUUUCAAAAUUUGAAUCGGAGGAUCCAAAAGUCCUACCAAAAGAACUCAGUAAAGGAUCGGAAUCUCCACAGCACUCUGACUCGGAUCUGGAAUUCUUUGACUGCAGACAAGCCUUCUCCGACUUCUCUGAACCAGAAGAGGUGAAACGGGAACAUGAGAUUACCUACCAUAUCUCCGAACCCCCGUCUCCAAUGCCUGGGAGUAGCCUUGAUGUCGACUUCCUAAAAGGGAGUCCUCAGUACACUGCUCGCCCUUACCUUCACGUGGAAGAUAACAAGCGCUUCUCUUCUGGCAGUGAAAGUCUUGGUGAAUUUGCUUAUGAUUCAGAGGGGUCACGGGAGUGUCGAAUAGAGGGCGACCUCCCUGUGUGCGAGGAGCUUCCUUCCAGAGAUCAGGCAGGGUAUUACGAUGAUGAUGACUUCCUGGGAAGGUAUAUUGACCCAUGCUGGUUGUGUGCUAUCUCCCAGGAGAUAGCAGAGGAACUAGGGUUGCUGUCCUCUGAUAGCUCAGAGGAGGAGGUGCUGACCACCAGGGUGGUCCGACGCAGAGUUAUCAUUCAGGCGGAUAACCUACCAGAUAUCCCGUCACAGACUGUCACGGAGGAGAAGUACACAGACGAGCAUGGCAACAUGGUAGUUAAGAAAAUCACACGGAAAGUGAUUCGUAAAUAUGUGUCAGCUGAUGGCAUGGAGACACAGGAAGUGACCAUCGAGGGCUCUCACCAGGAGACGGUACAGAUUGAGGAGGGAGACACUGUCUCCAGAGUGGUAAAGAGAACUGUGCUCCACAGUGAGGGAGAUCAAAAAGAGCUGACCUUUUCGGAGCCCCUGGCCCUGGGCGCCGCCACGGCUUCAGAGUUUGAAGUGGAGCCAGUGCAAGGUCGAAAGGUCAGCAAGGUUGUCAAAACAACAGUGGUGAGAGGCGAGAGGAUGGAGAAGCAGACGGGAGACUCCUCGCUGGCUGCAGAUCUCCCCUCAGCCAGAGAGGACUUUGAGAAGGCGUUGAGUUAUGCUGGAGGCUUUGGGAAAGUGCUCCUGCCUCAUGUAGUAGAGAAAGAGAUUGUGCAGGACGACGGUUCUGUGGUUAAAAGAAGCCAGAUGCGUAAGUCGCGAACCCAGAAGAGGACUGUGGUGAGGGAUGCCCAAGGGAAGCACGUGCACCUGGAGCGUCUGGACGACACCCCAGACGCCCUGCAGCCCGACGCACUGCAGCAACACCUGCACCGACUGCUCCAACGCUACUGCGAGGAUGACGACGACGAGGAGGGGGAGGAGGAGGAGGAGGAAGGAGACGAGAAUGAGGAGGAGGAGGAGAGCUUUGACUGAGCAGCUGCUUCCACUGAUCCUCUCCCUACAUCUUCCACUGAAGCCUUUGGUGACGUACGCUUCCUCAGAUCAAGAUGUUCCAGAUCCCCUUCUUGUUGUCCUCGCUCAUCACUGGAUUAAAGUUUUUAUUUCUUCCCCUUUUUUGUCGAGUAAUGGAACAGUAUUUUCGUGCUUUAACACUCUUCCCUCCUACACAUUGUGUUUCAUUUGCUCUUUUUGUGACCAAAGAUAGCACCCUUCAGUUUUGUCGGACGGCGAUUUCUGUUUUUACCUUUUGGCUGCUGUGGUGUGAUUGCGGUACGACACACCAAAGGCGGAUCAAAGUCGGGGAGGGGGGGGCAUCUCAGACGUUUCGCCUCACGCACUGGCCUCUUCUUGAAGAACUCUUGUAAACAUUUGUACAUAGAGGAGAUGAAAAAAAAUCAUGCUUGGACUUGGAGUCCAAAAAGUUCAAAGCAUUUAAUACAUUAGCCCACCUAAACCUGCUGUACAUGCACCGAUUCAGCUGGAGAAUGGCCACCGUACAGAUGAGAUUAAUGUUACAUAGAGAAUACAUUGGGAGUGAAUGUGUGUGUCAUCAUGGACUCUUUAUACAGCCAAACAUCACCCUGCUGAUCUGUUUACAAAGGCUGUGCGGUCACAACUUUUGUCAACCCAUGAUGCAUCUGCCCUUUUUUCAUUUAUGUGUCUGUCUGUCCAAUGUGUGUCGUGCAUUCACAUUAUCUGUCACAGAACCGCCACCUCCGUGUGUGUAUAUACAGUGUGUCCACUGAGAAAGAAAGUAGUGAUGAGGAAUGUUCUGAUGCAGAUCGAGCACUUACCCCCGCUGUCCUCGUAGCCCCUGUCGUCACUGUCUCCACCUUCACGUGUGCUGUUUGUCCUCACCUCAGACUGCAGCCCUGCUCAUGUAAUUGUCCUCCAUCACGCCUUUUAAAGGAUGAGGCUGGCUACUGUUUUUCUGCUUGUCAACAAAUCCCAUGUGGGGAGCCAAACCAACAGUGAAUGGAUCAUAUUGUGCGUAUCCAAAGCCUGGUAUACCUUCUUCCUCUGUGCCAUAGAGCUCUAUUGUUGUCCAAAAACUGUUAAAAACACAUAAUGGUUGACAUUCUGUCUCACAAGUCCUUACGUAAUGGAAGUGCAGUGAACCUUUAAGGUCAUAAAAUUAUUUCCCUUUUGUCCUGCAUCAUGGCCUCAUAUCAGGGAGAAUAGAACUUUUUUUUAGAGUACUUUAGCUCGCCAUUGCUACCUGUUGUUUUUAACCAAUUAACGCAUUUUAAUUGUCUGUCCACUUUCUAUUCAAUCAUGUGUGAUGCUGAAAAUCAGUCACUGUGUGUCAGGCAGAAACUAUAUGUCAAUGAGAAAUGUACACAAUUUCCAGCUUUUCCCUAAAACAUUUAGGAUACUUCAAUAUUUCUAAUCAUAUACUUAUUAUUCAAUAAUGAACCAAACACUUAAGCCGGGAGAGAAAGAGGUCAUCUCAUUUCACAAGAAAUAUGUUUCUUUGGUUCCUCAUAUCUCAGUAAUGAAAUGAAAGGAAGUGGUAUGUACCUACUGACCACUGUAUAUAGUAAUAGUUCAACACAUUUGCAUCUGGAGUUCCAUCUGUUAAAAACUACAGUGAGCAACUGCUUUAGAAAAUUACUGAGCCCCCUUUUUUUAAAAGUGUAUAUUAUGAGCUAUUUUUAAAGAGUUCUACCUUCAGUAGGAACCAGUGGGCGUGGAGCUGAGCGGAAAGGAAGUCAGAAAGUAGUGAGAGUUGGGUUAUCACAUGGGGUUUGUUGACAAUAAUAAAAUAUAGAAUAACACCAGUUUUCAGACACCACAUAUACGAUAACGAUGCUUCGCUUUCAGUGCUGUUGUUGAUUUGACUUUUUCUUGUUAUCACUGCUAUCAAAGGAUCAACACAUCAACUUUUAAUCCAAGCAAAGGCGACUUCCACUGACUUCAGUUAUCACAUAUGUACCUCCUUAUUUAUUUAUUGCCGUCCAUUUGUGAUCCCUGUAUACUCCAGCUGAUAUAAGCUGAGAGUGGUGUGUGUGUUUGAAUGUGUUCUAAAGCUAAAAGACAAAUGAAGUUUUUUUUUUUUGCCACAUUAGAAAAUAGGAUUAGAUUGGAAAGCUGGUUGAACUGUGUACAGACUGAUAAAGUAUGUUUUGUGUUCAUCUACAGUUGAGACUUUAUGUAACAAUAUGAUCCUCACGUUGCCAUUUACUUUGAGUGUGAUCCAAUGGAAGAAUAAAAGAAAUGUCAAAAAAAGACCAUUGAUUUGGUAAAUGAGCAUCUUGUUUCCAUGGUGAUAACAAUAUAUACAUAUUAACAGUGCAAAUAUCUAUGCGGGCAUGUAUGACUUUAUCAAAUUAUUACUAAAAAAUAAACCUGAAACGCUAACAAGGCAAAGCAGCUGCAGUGUGUACAUGGCAGAACAAUAAAACUGUACAUGUGUCAAA